ACUGGGCGACGUCGGGUGUAGAGGUCUAGCUACUACAGUAGUAGUAUAGAGUAUAGUAGUGAAGACCCCUGGGCGUAAUGGUGGAGGAGGUGGUACAGCCGCGAGUGUCUCUGAAGGUCAGAGCCGGGGAGAAAGAGGGCCCGCUCUUUCAGGACGUCCUGGUAUACGACCUGUCCUGCAGACUGAGCGACUUCCUGGACGCCGCUCUCAAAGAUCUGGAGUCUCAGAGUCUCAUUCAACUUCCUGAGACUGAUGAGACCGACCUUAUUGACCCAAAAACUUUCAAAGUCUUCAACGAACAGAUGACGCAGGAAUUGGACCUGAACCUCCCUCUGUGCGACCACCCUUACAUCGUUAGUGGUUUAGGUAGAGGGGCAACCCCAUCAAUGCUCGUGCUUCAGUCAGACAUUUUCAUGUCUGCAAACCAAGUGGUGAUCAAGCAGUUGACAGAUCUGCGUCGGACCAGCACAGAGGAGCCGCAGGUCCCUCCGAGGGAUUCAUCUCUCACGGGGGAAGUGAUGAGUCGGGAAGAACUGGUCUCUCUUGCAGGCCGAAGAGACCCUUCUCUGAAAAGGAUAAAGAGAGAUGUAUCCAGUGGUUCUCUGGCCUCGUAUAUCCCUGGUCUCAAUCUCACUGACGAGAUGGCCGACAGGAUCCUACUGGACUCCACCAGCAGUGAUACCAUCUCUCUCCACUCUGCCGGAAGCACAAGUGUUGUCACGACAACCAGUACACCCUCGACAACCCCCGCCGAAGAAAGGGGUGUGGUCAUCCGGAACCAGUCUCGCAAGAAGAAGAUGUCUAGUCGUCGACGACUGUCAAGAACUCCAAGUCUGGAAGCCGACGGUGGAGGGGGAGAGGGAGAAGGGGGAGGGCGGGGAUCAGUUCCCAGUACCCCAGACUCCACUGCCACUAUGCAACUUGGGGGAGACGGAUCCCAAGUAUCGGAAUCGGACACCGUGACUGUACAUUCACCAGUGUCGAGAACGGGGAGCGCCCCCGAGACCACACCCCCGAGGACGCAGGGUGCAAAGGUCAGAUUAUCGGGCAGCUACUCGGUGCCGCUGACGGUCAUCGAGGAGCCGGUGGGGGAGACGGAGGACAACGAGCAGGGGCUCACCCCUGCGGGGGAGGAUGAGGAGAGUGAGAGGCUGCGGAGGUUCCAGCGUUCCCCCUCGCCCUCCCUCCAAGUUCCGCCGUCCCCUGUACGAGGGUUUUCCCCUAACUCCUCCCCUCGUAACACCCGCAAAAAAACACGGAUUGCGGUUCGACGUACACGCAGCAACAAACCUGAUCAAGGAGGAGGAGGAGGAGGAGGAGAGGGGUUAAAACCCUCUGGAGGAACGUUCAGCCAAGAGAGGAGAUGGACAGUCAGAGACACCUCAGACAGAAGGUCCCGUUCCGUCUCGGCCUACUUUCCCUCAAAAACCGUCUUCAGCACAAUACAGGAGACCACACCGUGGGGCCAGAUAAAGGACAACUUCUGGUCUCUACUGAGGGAGAAGGGGAUGAUGGAAGACGACGGGCUGCUGACUGACCCGGAGAAGUUUACCUUCACCUACAGACUGAGAGAUGAUACGUAUGAACUGUACGAUGAGCAGCAAAUCUUUCAAACAACAGCAGUUGUUCAAGUGUGGAGAAAGGAGAAAUCAGAGACCGGAUUUCUCACCGUGGAACCGAAGAAAUCCGAGACUAAAGAGCAAAAGACGCUCAAUAUGGAGAUCGGGGCCAUGAUAGGGAUUGGGUUGUACCAGCUCCAGUUUGCCAACAACGACGAGUUGGACAUCACCCGAAGAAAAAUGGUCGCUGUGCGUCGCUAUGCGGUACGGUCUCGGGACGCGGUCCAGUACAGCAUGGAGACAGACACGACGUUCCAGGAGGUGCCGGCUAGUAUCAGGGACCAGUUGGUGGAGGAUCGAGUCCUCCUCAGAGUCUACUACAAGAUCGGGUCCUACAUGACAUACCAGGCUGAGGUCUAUGAAAUAGCAGACAACCUGUUACCUCAGUUCAUUCCUGACUCGCCUGCCAAGAGACAGAGACUGGGUCUGCCUGAAGAAAUGAACCUGGACGAGUACGUGCUGAAGGUGGCCGGAGAAGAGAGCUACAUAUAUGGGCACUACGAACUGAUUACGUUCAGUUACAUCAUCCGCUGCAUCGGCAAGAAGAUUGACAUUGUCCUCGCUCUCGUGAGGAAGAAGGACACGGAGGAAGACAGAUGCAGGGACGUCCCUGACUGGAGCCUCAUCGACAGCAGUACAGGACUGACAGGGACCCACUCAGAGCUGUCGGCUCUCUCUAAAGACCACACCCAGGUCUUCACCAUGUCAAUGUGGGACCUCCACCGCAAGUUCAGGGUGAGGGUAGUGGGUCUGGACAACUUCCACGGCACUGAUCUGGACGUAGUGUACCUUGAGGCUGGCGUCUACCAUGGAGGAGAGCUACUCGGCAGCCUCAAGUUCACGACUGAAAGCGUCCCCUCUGUCCAUCCUCGCUGGAAUCAGUGGAUCACGUUCGACAUGCCCGUGAGGAUGCUCCCGAAGGCCGCACGGCUCUGCUUCCAGGUGGUGGGCGGAGUCAGGUCACGUGACUCGCGGAAGCGGAACACGAUAAGGGGUUUCACUCGCUCGAAGGGGGAGGACAAGAAGAGCGAGCAACACGACCGACCUUUGAACUGGGUCAACAUGCAGAUCCUAGAUCACAGGGCUCUCCUGAGGCAGGGGUUGCUGCGGUUGAAUUUGUGGCCCGUCGUCGCGGGUGACGGGAUGACAAGCUCCGCCCCCUCCCCCAUGGGGUCGACGGCCGUUAACCCGGACGGAAACACUUCAGUGGCUCUGUACAUUGAGUUGGAAACGUAUAUGCAUCCGGUGGCAUGUCCCACUGGAGGCUGGGGGGAGGAGCGAUCGAUACAACCAGAGACCACUCCGAGGAAGGAGAUGAAAGAGGAGCUGGAUACUGUCAUUAAUGCCGACCCUCUCACCACGCUGACGAAGGCGCAGAAGGAGCUGGUGUGGAGUUGCCGCAGUUACUGCUCCCACGUCCCGCAGGCGCUCCCGAAGCUCCUGCGCAGCAUCAACUGGGCUGAUCUAGCUCAGGUGUUGAAGUUUGAGUCUUAUCACGACAGCGCCCUGGCGCGACUCCUGCUGAAGAGAGCUCUCCAGAGCAAGAAGAUCGGUCAUUUCUUCUACUGGUACCUCCGCUCAGAGAUGGACACCCCAGAGUUCAACCAGAGGUUCAGCAUCCUCCUGGAGGCCUACCUCAGGGGAUGUGGAGAGAGCAUGUUUAAGGAACUCCAGGCCCAGCACAAGGCAGUCUGCGACAUCAUGUCCGUGGCCUCUCGGCUAAAGAGGAACAUGGAGAAGGGGAAGGCUGUGGUGGAGUUUGCGAGAGCUGAAUUGGCCAAAUAUCAACUCCCGGAAACUUUCUGUCCUCCCUUCAAUCCCCUUGUAAAAAUGGGCAAUUUGAACCUGGCAAAGUGUAAAGUAAUGGACUCCAAGAAGUCUCCGCUGUGGCUGGAAUUUGAGAGUAAAGAUCCGACAGCGGUCGGAGGCCAGCUGAUCAAGGUCAUCGCCAAGCACGGAGACGACCUUAGACAGGACAUGCUGACCAUUCAAAUGCUCUCACUCAUGGACAAGCUCUGGCAGUCCCAAGGCCUGGACCUGUACAUCAUUCCCUAUGGUUGCGUAGCAACCGGGAACAUGAUGGGAAUGAUUGAAGUGGUACAGAAGGCCGACACUGUCGCCAAGAUUCAACAGAAACAUGGCGGUAGCUUUUCAGCGUUCAAAGAGGAGCCCCUUCAUGAUUGGUUGAGAGGGUUCAACCAGACUAAGAACAUGUGGGACGGUGCCGUGGAGCGGUUCAUGCUAUCGUGUGCCGGCUACUGCGUCGCCACCUACAUUCUGGGGAUAGGAGACAGGCACAAUGACAACAUCAUGGUCACCACAUCUGGCAACCUGUUCCACAUUGACUUUGGACACUUCCUCGGAAACCAGAAAAAAUUCAUGGGCUCUGAUCUGUUCAAGAGGUUUGAGGAGACGGCUCUUGAGGCAUACAUGGUCAUUCGACGCAACGCUAACCUCUUCAUCAAUCUAUUCUCUAUGAUGAAGUGUACGGGUAUUCCAGAGCUGCGGAGUGUGGAGGACAUCGAGUACCUCCGCGGUGUCCUCUUUCUCGGUCGGACAGAAGACGAGGCAAAGGAACACUUCAAGUCACAGAUCCAGAGCUGUCUGAAACUGGCGUGGAGAACACAACUCAACUUUCUAGUCCACAACUACGCGCACAGUCGCAGCUAG